GUUUGCACGCAAGAGGGCGCUAAACUCGGCAUGCAGCACUGACGAUUCAAGAUGGCAGCGCUCAUGAACAACGUGUGGCUUGGUACAGAAACAGGAAUUUUGAAAGGUGUGAAUGUUUGCAAGAAAAUUGCAACCAAUUACUGUGACCUAAAGAAACUGGACAAAGAGAAAGAAGUUACUGCUAUGUGCUGGGCCACGGAAGAAGAGCAACAGGUCCUAACCGGUCUGAGAAAUGGAACGGUACAGACCUUUGACCUGGAGAAGGGUGAAUUCACAGAUCAGCAGGAUUGCAGCGGUGCUGAGGGGGUGUUCAGGGGCCUGGCAACCCACGGCGAUGCGGUCAUCACCUGCGUGGAGUCUGGGUUGCUCAAAGUAUGGAGAGGGAGCGACAAGGAAUCGACAGAGAUCAAAGUUGGUCCCAACGUCCGCAGGAUGCGACAGAACCCAGCCAAGAGGAACCUGGUGGCAACGGGAGGCAACGAGAAUGACCUGAAGGUCUGGGACCUGCAAGACCCAGAAAAGCCAAUUUUCCGAGCAAAGAACGUUCGUAAUGAUUUCCUGGAGUUGCGGGUGCCUGUAUGCGUCAACGAUAUGCACUUUAUUCCAGACAGCUCCAAGAUUGUCACCUGUACCGGAUUCCACCAUGUGCGACUUUACGAUCCCAGCACACCACGACGCAGACCUGUGCUGAGCGUUGAGUUUGACGAGUACCCUCUCAUGGCUAUGGGGAUCACCCAAGGAGGAAAUUCUGUCAUUGUUGGCAACACGCAUGGAGCCAUGGCACACAUUGAUUUGAGAAAAGGUCAGGUGCUGAGAGCUUUCAAAGGUUUCGCAGGCAGCAUCCGUUCCAUAGAGUGCCACCCUUCCCUACCAUUGGUGGCAUCGUGCGGUCUGGACAGAUUUCUCAGAAUUCAUCACAUACCCUCGGGCACUCUGGACAAUAAGAUCUACUUGAAGUCAAGACUGAACUGCCUGAUGUUUUCCAGUGCCAGUUUUGACACUGUGGACCCAGAGGAAAUCCUCAAGGCCAAGGAGAGACCAGCCGGGCCUGUCGACGAAGAAGCCGAGAACAUCUGGAGGCAGAUGGAAGAGGUCACUGAGGGGUCAACUAAGGUCAAGAGAAUGGUCUCAGAGGUGUCCACCAGGAGCACCACGAAACGAAAAGCCCCCGCAGAGACAUGACUGUCAAGACACUCUCUUGUUUUGGGCUAAUCUUGAAGCAAAACAUCUACCUAGAUGUGAAGCAAAUCAUCUACCUAGGUGCUGUUGAACUGUUCUGCAUUACCUUUUCCAUGGACUAUAUACUCCAUUUUUAAGAACAGUUUUAAUGCCAUGGAUCAUCAAGCUUUGUUCCCUGAAAGUAAGAAAAUGGUGUUGACCUUCCAAUAAAGUAACAAUAAAGUCAUCCUGACUUUGUGACAAGUGGUAUUUAUUU